AUGAAAAGCCAAAACAACGACAAACUGUGCAACCUGAAAGACUUGGUGCCCUUCUACAAGAAGGACAAUGAAAAGUUGAAUGAAAAUACAGAAGACAUUGUAUAUUCGGUAAAAAAGAAAUUUAAUUGUAUCAAGGAAAAAAAGGACACUACAUUUAAUAAGUAUGAAAACACCAAGAAAAAUUUGGAUCUCCUCAAUCGAGAAUUAAAACUAAACAAGAUUUCUCUCGGGCAACAAAAAAUUGUAAUAAAAACGACGGAGCAUGAAGAACUCAAGACGAAGAAUGAGGAAAUAUUAAACAAAUUUGAAAACCUAAAGCAUUCGAAGUACACCUACCAAAUUAUGUUGCAGCGGCUCAAGAAGGAAAAGAAAAUGUUGUACUUUUACUUAAACUCCUUGGAGAGAACAGUCACGAGUCUUAAAAAUAACGAACGACAACUGCACAACGCGAUUCAAAAAAUAACUUCGGAAAAUAAAAGUUUAAAAAAAUCCAUCGAUGAGAAAAAAACGGAAAUCAUGAAGGCGACAAAUAAUAAUGAAGAAAUCCUCAAAUAUAUGAAUGUCAACAAGGAGCAUAGCAAUAUACUCAGGAUAAGGAGGGAAAUGAUAAGCGAAUACAAAAACAACAAACUGCACAACGCAGACAUAGCGCUCAUGGUCGAGGAAAAGAAAAAAUUCAAAAAGCUCCUAAUCUACUACUUGCUGCAUAACAACUACUUAAAACUUAGCGCAUCCAACAUCUUCGAAAAUGCAAGCAACAUAUAUGCCACUAUAUCCAAGCUGAGGGAAGCAACGGGCGUUACAGAUAUAUAUGACAUAAAUCAAAAGUUUCAAGACAUUGAAAAUAAAAAGAAUUUGUUGCAAAAGGAAGAGGAAUUAUCGCAGAAGAAACUUGAAGACGCCAUUCAGGAAUACAUACAUCUCAACAACGAUAUUAUAAACACCUUUUCGGAGGACAAGAAUAUACUCAAGAACAAAAUUUUAAAUGAAAAGGAAAAAAUAUCGGACGACAUGUAUGACAUGUACAAGCUCGUCUUUGCAAGCGAAAAGGAACUAGAAGAUAUUAACAUCAAGCUGGACAAAAUAAAAAAAUUCCUAGAGAAACAAAACAACUACUUUCACUCGAUUAAUAUGGAAGAUAAAGUUGAAUUUCACUCCAAUGAAGACAUGCUGCAAUACAUCAAAAAUUUGAAGACAGUCAUAGAGAUCCUCAUGCGCAUAACUCAGAAAAACAGAGAAAAUGGAAACAUCAGCAGAUCCUACAAAUCUUUGGAGUUUUUAGAAAUUAUCAACCUGUACAAGAACGUCGACUUUCAUAAAAACAUGUGCAGAGUUGAUGACACCUUGGACCUUGAAAAUUCGAUGAAGCUCGGUACUGUCUCUAACUCGGAUGUGCUUGUAGAAUCUUCACCCUACUGA